UGCUCUAAUCUAUUGCAUAAUAGCAAUAUGGCUGACCGACCCCAGUCUCAUCACAGCAGCAGUACGCAUGUGUCAGCAGCAGCAUCGGAGGUCCCGCCGCCUCAUCAGCAAUGGUCGGCGUACAGAGGACCAGUUCUGUUUACCGGUCCUAGUGGUUUAACAGACCAGAGAGUGAAAACAAGAGCUGAUUUCCAAAUGGUCGGGAACGGGGAUCGAUCACCGGAAGUGACCAGCCAGAUGGGAUACCUUAGCCGACCUCCCCCAGGAACCAAAUUCCCAAAGGCGAAAAACGGUCAAAUCGGCGAAAUAGGGUGGCCGGUAGAGACAUUCAAGAUAGUGAAGGGAAUCUAAAAAGAAUCUGCGUCGAUAACCAUUGUAUAUAAUAUCAGACUAUCAUAUUGUAACCGAUGUACAUAUAUACUUACACGUGCUAGCGAAAUUGACUUGAUGCCAUU